UAAACCCAAAGUACAACAAUGCCAGCCGUCCCGGGUGGUGUUUACAAUCAGAACCAGCAGCCGAGCUGCUUCGACCGGAUGAAGAUGGGUUUCACGAUUGGAUUCUGUGUGGGGAUGGCUAGCGGUGCACUGUUCGGCGGCUUUUCCGCCCUGAGAUAUGGAUUGCGCGGCCGGGAGCUUAUCAACAAUGUGGGAAAAGUGAUGGUACAGGGAGGUGGCACCUUUGGAACGUUCAUGGCAAUUGGAACAGGCAUUCGAUGCUAA